AGAUUACUUUCUAUGCCAGCGCAAUUUGGCUGGAUCUGGAAGGUAUUGAGGAUAUCUUACAGUUGGGUUAUCUCAUGGCUGCCGCCUACAUUCUGAACGAUACGCAGGCCUUCGGUGAUAUUACGAUCUCGAUGAUGCUCCAUCAUCAAGGUUAUCACCUUUCACUCCCCGAUCAAGUUACCGGUCUGACUGAUUGGGUUUCAUGGAAGGUUCUUUAUCUCUUAGAAGAGCGAAGAAACAGGAUGCGCACAGAACUGCAGCACAUACUGUUCAACGGAUCGACGGAUGCCGGAAUGGACGAGAGC